AUGGUUGAAGAAUUGGUCACUGCCAUACGUGCCAGGGAAUCACCAACAAACCAUGUAUCUAUGGCACCACCCCUACCUGCCCCAACAGCUCCAGCUCUUAGCCCUUUGUUUGCUUUUGGAUUUCCAGCCACUGGUCAGGCUAGUAGUGGACAAACAUCCCAAGCACCACCAGCUAGGGGAAUGCUUACAGGGCAACAGACUCCAGGAACCCCUCCAGUAGAAAAAGUAUGGACUGAUACCAGUAAGUUGCUGGAAAAUUUUCAGAAGUAUCGGCCUCCAUAUUUCAGUGGGGUGACAUAUGAUCCAUUGGCUCCUACCAAAUGGAUAGGAGUAGAGAAAGCUUUCUCAGUUCUGGGCUAUAAUGAUGAACAGAAGAUCUUAUGUGCAACAUACCGGUUGCAGAAUGAAGCUUAUGCAUUGUGGAAUGCUACAAGACCCAUAUUGUCAGCCACAUAUCCACAGCCCAUUUUGGACCAGUUUGUAGAAGUCUUCUAUGGGAAUUACUUUCCCAUAAGUGUGCGAGAUAGGAAGGAAUCUGAGUUAAUGGCUUUGCAACCACCACUACCCAGCCUCUAUCCAUGA